GCACAGCUUCAAAAUAAAAAUAAAGAAAAAAAAAACUCAUUUAUUGUUUUUACGCUAUUCUUUUGAGUUCUGGUUGCAAUUGCAAUCGCCUUUUUUUCUUUAAUUGUUUUAGACCAAAGAGACAACUUCGUGCUUUCUUAUGUAAGCGGACAUAAAUUAUGGAUUUAAUUAAUCAAUUCUCAAAAUUAUUAAAGAAUUGAUUGGCGUUUACGCCCAAAACGAAAUUAUUGUCUCAGGCUCAGCUUCCAUUCAUUUCCCUGUGUUUUGGAUCUUUAUUUUGCUCAAUUUCACCAGUAUUAAGGAAACAUAUCAGGCAUCUUUCUUUGAGUCUCCUUGGCCCCUGUUCUUAAUUAUCUGCUACUGCUUCCGAGUUUAAAAUCUUGAACCCUUGUUACAGUUUUCGGCAAGCUACUCUAGUAGCUCUAUUCUCUUAUUGCUUUAGUGGUGUUCAUAAAUAAUUUAAUACCAAGUAAAAUCUUUGCCAAUCGAGUACGUAUGGGAUCGAUCCUAGGUUUGGUGUCUAGUGGGCAUCUUGUUGCCUUGUGGUUGUUAUGUAUUCAAGUGAAGAUGGGUUCAGUUGGUGGAAUUGGUGUGAACUGGGGAACACAGGCAACGCACCCUUUGCCGCCUUCAACAGUGGUGGGAAUGCUCAAGGACAAUGGCUUUCAAAAGGUUAAGCUUUUUGAUGCAGAUUCGGAUGCUUUGAAUGCUCUCAGUAAUACUGGGAUUCAGGUGAUGGUGGGCAUUCCUAAUGAUCUGCUCAAUACUCUGGCUAAUAGUAUGGAAGCUGCUGAGAAUUGGGUUGCCAAGAAUGUCUCCUCUCAUAUCUCCACCAAUGGUGUAGACAUCAGGUAUGUUGCAGUUGGAAAUGAACCAUUCUUGUCUACAUACAAUGGAAGCUUUUUAGGAACAACUCUUCCUGCUCUUCAAAAUAUCCAAGCGGCUCUGAUAAAAGCAGGAUUAAGCACUCUGGUGAAAGUCACUGUUCCUCUCAAUGCGGAUGUAUAUGAGACUUCAACAGAUCUGCCAUCUGGUGGUGACUUCCGAGCAGAUAUCCACGACCUAAUGUUAUCAAUCGUCAAGUUCUUGAGCGAAAAUGGAGCUCCAUUUACUGUGAACAUCUAUCCUUUUAUAAGCCUAUAUGAGGAUCCCAAUUUCCCUAUUGCCUAUGCAUUCUUCGACAGCAAUUCAUCUGCUAUAAAUGAUGGUGGAACAAUCUACAAGAAUGUUUUUGAUGCGAAUCAUGAUACACUUGUGUGGGCAUUACAGAAAAAUGGAUACGAAAACUUGUCCAUUAUCAUUGGAGAAAUCGGGUGGCCUACGGAUGGAGACAAAAAUGCCAACUUGAAGAAUGCCCAGCAGUUCAACCAAGGAUUUAUGAACCGUAUCAUUGCCGGGCAGGGAACCCCACUGAGACCUGGUCCCCUGGAUGCCUAUUUAUUUAGCCUCGUUGAUGAAGAUGCCAAGAGCAUUCAACCAGGUAACUUUGAGCGCCAUUGGGGAUUAUUUUACUUCGACGGACAGCCCAAGUACACACUAACUAUGGGGACAACAAGUUCUAACAGUCUGGUACCAGCAAGGGGUGUACAAUAUUUAGCUCAACAAUGGUGUAUAAUGUCGCCAUCGGCAAGCCUUGAUGACCCACAAGUUGAACCUAGUGUGAAUUAUGCUUGUGCUAAUGCUGACUGCACUGCCUUAGGGUAUGGGACUUCUUGUGGAAAUCUGGAUGCACGAGGGAAUAUCUCUUAUGCAUUUAACAGUUACUAUCAACAGAACAAUCAGCUUGAGAGUGCCUGCCAGUUCCCCAAUGUCUCAGUUAUCACUAAUAAAGACCCAUCUACUGGAGAUUGCAAAUUUAGGAUCAUGAUCAAAACAGUGACCUCGGGAGUAGGUCUCAGAUCAAAGCUUUUGAUGCCUGCUGGUUUGGCGAUGUCAGUGCCUGUGUUCCUAUUCACGCUUGUGUGAAUUUUUGGGAUUGUGUAUCGUUUGAUUCUUUAUCCCCACAAUUUUCAAAUGGUAUGUGCAGGCUUGUUAGACUCAAUCAAAUUAUAUAGUUCGAUUUGAUUUCACUGAA